GGAUGCGCUGAGGCCGCUCCGCCCGGCCCGGCCCGGCCUCGGCAUGUCGGGCAGCCGCCCGCCGCACCCCGCCGCGCCGCCCGCCGCCACACCGGCCUCCUCCUCCUCCUCCUCGUCCUCCUCCUCCUCGGCGGCUAUGGCGCCCGGCUCUUCCUCGUCGGGCGGCGCGGCGGCGCGGCCCGUGCUGGUGGCGGCCGCGGUGUCGGGGUCGGGCGCGGGGCUGGCCCGGCUGGCGGCGGGGGCGGCGCGGCCCGGCGGCUCCUCCGCCGCGCCGGGGGGCGGCGGCAGGAAGAGGCCGCUGCUCACCCCGCUCUGCAACGGGCUCAUCAACUCCUACGAGGACAAGAGCAACGACUUCGUGUGCCCCAUCUGUUUUGAUAUGAUUGAAGAAGCCUACAUGACGAAAUGUGGACACAGCUUCUGCUAUAAAUGUAUUCACCAGAGCUUGGAGGACAACAACAGAUGUCCCAAAUGCAACUAUGUGGUGGACAACAUAGAUCAUCUUUAUCCCAACUUCUUAGUCAAUGAACUUAUUCUUAAACAGAAGCAAAGAUCUGAGGAGAAAAGACUCAAACUGGACCAUUCAGUGAGUAGCACCAAUGGCCACAGGUGGCAGAUAAUUCAAGAUUUGUUGGGAACAGAUCAAGACAAUCUUGACUUGGCCAAUGUCAACCUGAUGCUGGAGCUGCUGGUGCAAAAGAAGAAGCAGUUGGAAGCAGAAUCCCAUGCUGCCCAAUUGCAGAUCCUUAUGGAAUUUCUCAAAGUUGCCAGGAGAAACAAACGAGAGCAAUUGGAGCAGAUCCAGAAGGAGCUAAGUGUUCUGGAAGAAGAUAUUAAACGAGUAGAGGAGAUGAGUGGCUUGUACUCCCCGGUCAGUGAGGACAGCACGGUGCCACAGUUUGAGGCUCCCUCACCGUCACACAGUAGUAUUAUUGACUCCACGGAGUACAGCCAGCCUCCAGGCUUCAGUGGCAGUUCCCAGACCAAAAAGCAGCCGUGGUAUAACAGCACACUCGCCUCGCGACGCAAGCGCCUCACAGCUCAUUUUGAGGACCUAGAGCAGUGCUAUUUUUCCACCAGGAUGACUCGUGUCUCAGAUGACAGCAGAACCACCAGCCAGCUGGAUGAGUUUCAGGAGUGUCUGUCCAAGUUCACACGCUACAAUUCUGUCCGACCCCUGGCAACGCUGUCCUACGCCAGUGACCUCUACAAUGGCUCCAGCAUAGUGUCCAGUAUUGAGUUCGACCGAGACUGUGACUACUUUGCCAUCGCCGGGGUGACAAAGAAGAUUAAAGUCUACGAGUAUGGUACAGUCAUUCAGGACGCGGUGGAUAUUCACUACCCUGAGAAUGAAAUGACCUGUAAUUCCAAAAUCAGCUGUAUCAGCUGGAGUAGUUACCACAAGAACCUGCUCGCCAGCAGUGACUAUGAAGGCACUGUCAUCCUUUGGGAUGGAUUCACAGGACAAAGAUCCAAGGUCUACCAGGAGCAUGAGAAAAGGUGCUGGAGUGUUGACUUUAACUUGAUGGACCCAAAGCUUUUGGCUUCAGGCUCUGACGAUGCCAAAGUGAAACUGUGGUCUACCAAUUUGGACAACUCAGUAGCAAGCAUCGAGGCCAAGGCUAAUGUGUGUUGUGUCAAAUUCAGCCCCUCUUCAAGGUAUCACCUAGCUUUUGGCUGUGCAGAUCACUGUGUUCACUACUACGACCUUCGCAACACUAAGCAGCCCAUCAUGGUGUUCAAAGGGCAUCGCAAGGCAGUGUCCUACGCCAAAUUCGUGAGCGGGGAAGAAAUCGUCUCUGCGUCAACAGACAGUCAGCUGAAGCUGUGGAACGUAGGGAAGCCUCACUGCUUGCGCUCCUUCAAGGGUCACAUCAAUGAGAAGAACUUUGUAGGGCUUGCGUCCAACGGAGACUACAUUGCCUGUGGAAGCGAAAAUAAUUCCCUGUACUUAUACUAUAAGGGCCUCUCAAAGACACUGCUGACAUUCAAGUUUGAUACAGUCAAAAGUGUCCUGGACAAGGACCGGAAAGAAGAUGACACAAAUGAGUUUGUGAGCGCCGUGUGCUGGAGGGCACUACCAGAUGGGGAGUCCAAUGUGCUGAUUGCUGCUAACAGUCAGGGUACAAUUAAGGUACUGGAGCUGGUAUGAAGGGUUUUCUCUCAAGGCAUGAGGUACUUGGUUCUGCUGAUAUGCUACAGUAUUCAUCUGGGAUCCUCAGCGGGACAAGAAACCAAAACCACCUUGAUAUUCCUCCCCAAACAUGAUGGUUUUGGGGAGGAAUAUCAAGGUGGUU